AUGCACGCGACUCCAGAAGUCAAGUGGGCGCAGCGGUCGUCUGAGACAGAUGCUGCAAAGAAUGUCCUGUAUCUUACAUUCGAGGCUCCAAACACCGUUGACCCAAAGGUCGACGUCACUGCUACGGGACUGCUUUUCAACGCAGAGACAAGAGCUGGCGGAAAAUACAGUGUAACGCUCGAGUUCUACAAAGAAGUCGAGAAAGAGAGCCUUAAGGUGCACCGGACGGAUCGAGGAGUCUUUCUGACGCUGCAAAAGAAAGAGCUUGGUGACAAGUAUUGGCCGCGGCUGGUCAAGGCGCCGGGGAAGUGUGGAUACAUCCGCACAGACUUUGACAAGUGGGUGGACGAGGACGAGCAGAAUGUGCGUACAGACGACUUUUCGUCCCAGUUCGGGGGAAUGGACGGCUUUGACUUCAACGGGUUCUCGGGCAAUGGAGACGCAGAGGAUAUGCCGAAGCUGGACGAUAUGGACUCGGACUCAGACGCACCGAGCGAUAUGGACGACGAGUCCAGGGAAGACAAGAAGGACGAGUCGCCGGAAGCCGGCGACUGA